GCAGCCUUGGGUAAAAUAAUCGGACAUAACUCCACUUCGACUUUACAACGCAAUACACCUCAACACCAAGUAAUCAUGUCGACACUCGCAGACGAGCUUCUACAGGAUUUCGAGGACUCUGGGUCCGAGGGAGGCGACCAAAAAGAUGAAGGACUAUUCCCAAAUGACGAUGGUCCCAAGGACAACAACACCCAGACCCUAGGCGCAAAUGGAGAGGGCAUGGAACUGGAUGGCGAUGAAGAGGAGGUAGUCGAGGACGAGGCAAUGGGAGGAAUGAACGACUCGGGCGUCGACGUCGAGGAUGAAGAGGAAACCAAAGCCAAAGUUGAGAAGAUGGAAUUGGGCGGCGUGGAUGAUGUUAGAAGUGUCGCGCGACUUAUGAAGACCCUGGAGCCAGUAUUAGAGGUUAGUACCCUUUUUGUCUCCCCUCCUCUACUCUAGAAAUGCAUUGUUUACAUUGCCCUUUUCCGUGUUAGCCCUGACACCCCGGAACGUAUAGAAAAUCGCCCACUUUCAAUCAUUACCACCCGAGAAGCAAACCACCUUUGUCGGCUCGAUCGAAGAUAAUCCCGAGUAUAAACUCUUGACGCAGUCAAAUACUUUGUCUACUUCGAUAGAUACCGAAAUCAUGAUUGUUCACAAAUUUAUUCGCGACCACUAUUCCAUUCGGUUUCCUGAAUUGGAGACUUUGGUUACCAAUCCUAUGGACUAUGCGAAAGUUGUGACCAUCAUUGGGAAUGGACCUAUGGACGGAGAUAGUAUCAAGGCGUUGCAGACCUCGAAAGAAAACCGAUUAAACGCUACUUUACGGUCUGUAUUGGAUGGACCCUCGGUUAUGAUUGUUACAGUUGAAGCAACGACAACCAAAGGACGCGAAAUGUCAGAAGUUGAGCUGGAGAGAGUUAUGAGAGCUUGCGACAUGACUUUGGCACUCGAUAAAGCGAAGAAGACUUUGACAGAUUAUGUUCAAUCUCGAAUGAACUUGUUUGCUCCCAAUCUUACAGCGCUUAUCGGAUCUCUGACUGCGGCGCAACUUCUGAAUUUUGCCGGAGGGCUUACCGGUCUCGCAAAGACACCAGCUUGCAACUUACCACCUCUGGGAUCGAAAAAGCAAUCUGGAACUGGAUUUGCGACUAAUGUUGGAGUUCGACAGCAAGGAUUUUUGUAUCAUUCUCCUAUCAUUCGCGGAAUUCCCAAUGACCUGAAAAGACAAGCUAUGCGAAUCGUUUCUGCAAAAGUAGUUCUCGCAGCACGUGUUGACAGAGUCCACAACAGCACCGAUGGCUCAACUGGAGAAGAACUCAAAGCAGCAUGCUUAGAACGUCUCGAGAAACUCACCGAGCCCCCACUAAAUAAAGGCCAAAGAGCUCUCCCUGCACCAGACGACAAACCCGCGAGAAAACGUGGUGGACGAAGAGCCAGAAAGGCCAAAGAAGCAACUGGAAUGACCGAUCUCCGAAAAGCCCAAAACAGAAUGAUCUUCGGAAAAGAAGAAAAGGAAGUUGGACUUGGCUCUGGAGACGGCACGAAGGGUCUUGGAAUGAUUGGCCAAGCAAACGAAGGUCGAAUCCGAAAUCUGCAAGUUGAUCAACGCACGAAGGCCAAACUUUCUGCGAAGAAUAAGGGGUGGGGUGCUGCUACACCAGUUGGUGGAUCAGCAUCCUCGCUUCGUGGCUUCGGUCAGGGUGCGGGUUCAGGUAUUGAUUUGAGAGGAAAGGGAUUAAGAGCUGCUGGUGUUGGCAGUACGGCGGGAGCAGGAGCUGGUACUGCUUCCUCCCUUGCAUUUACGCCCGUUCAAGGUCUUGAACUAGUCGAUCCCAGGAUGCAGCAGGAAAUGAGCCGAAAGCGGAAAGCAGAAGAGGAUAGAUGGUUCAAGGGAGGAACCUUCACGCAAGUUGGUGGAAGUGGAAGUAUGGGACCCCCACCGGUGCCUAAUAAGAGAGUUGAUACGGGAGCUGGGAAGAUGGCUCCUCCGCCUUUGCCGGUGAAGAAGUAGAGGUUCCUGAUAGGCGGGCUGUAUUAGUGGAUCUUUGGCUGGAGUUGGGGCAUUGGGAUGGCGUUCUUUUUUUCUUUUCCCUUCUUGCUUAUUUAAGCGAGAGUUGGUGGAUAGCACCGCAGGAGGAGACGUGUAUUAGUAUGAAAAGUAACAUAGUGCUUUGCGCUGAUUGGUAAUUGAGGUUACCAAAUAGUAAGACUUUUGUCUUGUAAUAGGAAUUUUUUAAGUGGUG